UAUCCCAUCCGAAAUAAAGCAGAACCGCGAGGGGGAGAAACUCCUCUCAUGGACUGGAGGAAAAUUAGGAUUGCAUGCGCUGACUGGGCCCCAUCAGCCACGCUAGCGUUCCCGGUCCGGGUGACGGACAGGGGGCAGAGGGUCCACUUGCCAAUAAACCCUAAGGAUAUACAAGCGAUUGUUAAAGGCAUCGCAGAUAAAGGGCUUAAUUCUGCUAUGGUCUCCACCCUCAUAGAUGGUGUUUUCGGGGGAGAUGACAUGCUCCCAUUUGAUAUAAAACAAGCUUGUAGACUGAUCUUUGACGGGGCAGGGAUGAUCGUUUUUAAACAAGAAUGGGAGGACAACUGUAUGAGACAACUGGCCCAAGUAGUUGGGGCGGAUCACCCACUACAUGGCUCUAGCCUGCAGCGGCUAAUGGGUACGGACCCAACAAUGAUCACCCCUCAGGUGCAAGCCCAGGGCCUGUGGGCCCAUGAAGUUAUGGCAACUACCCGUGCGGCCAGAGAAGCUCCAAACAGUCAACGCCCCAGCUUAUGCUUCCAGUGGAAAGUGCUGCCUCAAGGAAUGAUCAACUCGCCUACUAUCUGCCAGAUCACGGUGGAUCGGGCGCUGGCGCCAGUUUGGCGCAGUGACCCGACCGCGACUCAGAAUAAAACUAAUGAAAACUGAGUUUCUGUUCACAGGACCGGAUCAUCGGACGCCCCUGUAAUCCGUAUACCCCGGUGACAAGAGA